GUGGAAGAACUUUCAGAGUUGCGCGAGGUACAUCAUUCACAACACAGGAGCGAGCGCGUUAACAUCUAUGUAUUGAGUUCUCUCCCAAGACGAUCCGCUCACGAGUGAGUCGUCUGGCUGGUUCUAUUUAUUUAAGAAAAGGAUAUUUAUUUAUUUUCGAGCCGCUUCUGGAGUUAACGAAAUUGUGGAUCUAUGCACACCCCACGUGGAACUGUACGACAUUUGUCAAGUUGAAGAGAAGGAAUGUAUCAUAUCUUUGUGAAACUGAUAUUUCUGAUUCCAGCCAUCGUCAGAACACAAGGUCUAAGAUGCUCUCUGCCCACUGAAUCAUGUCUGAACGGAGGGAGGUGUGAGGCCUCCCCUGACGGAAACGGAGAAUGCAAGUGUACCAGUGACUAUGUGGGCAGCAGGUGCCAGUACCCCAGCCCAUGUAGCCCCUCCCCCUGCAGGAACGGCGGCGAGUGCCGCUCGGUCUCCCACGGCAACACGUUCGACUUCCGCUGCGUGUGCCGCCUGGGUUUCUCCGACCGGCUGUGCCUCACGCCUACCAACCACGCCUGCAUGAGCUCCCCCUGCAGGAACGGAGGCACCUGCGACCUGCAAACCCUCAGCGACUACCACUGCCGCUGCCCACCCGGCUGGUCAGGGAAGACGUGCCAGCUCGCCAACCCCUGCGCCUCCAACCCCUGCGCCAACGGGGGCCAGUGCUCCCCCUUCGAGUUCCACUACAUCUGCGCCUGCCCGCCCUCCUUCCACGGCCAGACCUGCAAGCAGGACGUCAACGAGUGCGCCCAGAGCCCGUCGCCGUGCCGCAACGGGGGCGUGUGCGUGAACGAGGUGGGCUCCUACCACUGCCGCUGCCCCCAGGAGUACACGGGCGCACACUGCCAGACGCCUUACCUGCCCUGCAGCCCCUCGCCCUGCCACAGCGGCGGCACCUGCGUCCAGAAGGGAGACACCGUCUACGACUGCAGCUGCCUGCCAGGCUUCACAGGGCAGAACUGUGAACAUAACAUCGAUGACUGUCCCGGUCAUACCUGUCAGAACGGAGGCCUGUGUGUGGAUGGAGUUAACACCUACAACUGCCAGUGCCCCCCUCACUACACCGGUCAGUACUGUACCGAGAACGUGGACGAGUGUGAGCUGAUGCCUAACGCCUGUCAGAACGGCGGCACGUGCCACGACACGCACGGCAGCUACCACUGCGUCUGCGUCAACGGCUGGACGGGCGACGACUGCAGCGAGAACAUCGACGACUGCGCCAGCGCCGCCUGUUACCAUGGCGCCACCUGCCACGACCGCGUGGCCUCCUUCUUCUGCGAGUGCCCGCACGGACGCACAGGUCUGCUUUGCCACCUCGACGACGCCUGCAUCAGCAACCCGUGUCAGAAGGGCUCCAACUGUGACACCAACCCUGUGAACGGCAAGGCCAUCUGCACCUGCCCUCCCGGUUACACAGGCUCCGCCUGCAACCAGGACAUAGACGAGUGCUCCUUGGGUGCCAACCCUUGUGAGCACGGCGGACGCUGCCUCAACACCAAGGGCUCCUUCCAGUGCAAGUGUCUCCAAGGCUACGAGGGCCCGCGCUGCGAGAUGGACGUCAACGAGUGCGUGUCAAACCCCUGCCAGAAUGACGCCACCUGCCUGGACCAGAUUGGAGGGUUCCACUGCAUUUGCAUGCCAGGCUACGAAGGUGUGUUCUGUCAGACGAACACAGACGAGUGUUCCAGCAACCCGUGCCUCAACAACGGCAAGUGCAUCGACAGGAUCAACUCCUUCCACUGCGAGUGCCCCAAAGGUUUCUCUGGCAGCCUGUGCCAGGUGGACAUUGAUGAGUGUGCCAGCACCCCCUGCAAGAACGGGGCCAAGUGCACCGACGGAGCCAACAAGUACACCUGUGAAUGCACAGAAGGCUACACAGGCCAGCACUGUGAGACGGACAUCAACGAGUGCUACUCAGACCCAUGUCACUACGGCACCUGCAAAGAUGGCCUGGCCUCGUUCACCUGCUACUGUCGCCCUGGUUACACGGGCCGUCUGUGCGAGACCAACAUCAACGAAUGUCUGUCUCAGCCCUGCAAGAACGGGGGCAACUGCCAGGACAGAGAGAACAGCUAUGUGUGCGCCUGCCCCAAGGGCACUGCAGGUUUCAACUGCGAGGUGAACCUGGACGACUGUAAGAGCAAGCCCUGCGACUACGGCAGGUGCAUCGACAAGAUCAAUGGCUACGAGUGUGCGUGUGAGCCAGGCUACACAGGCACCAUGUGCAACAUCAAUAUCGACGACUGUGUCAUCAACCCGUGCCACAACGGCGGCACCUGCAUCGACGGCAUCAGCAGCUUCACCUGCCUGUGCCCGGAGGGCUACAACGACGCCACCUGCCUGGCACAGGUGGACGAGUGUGGCAGCAACCCCUGUAUCCACGGCCGAUGCCACGACCUGGUCAACGGCUAUAAGUGCUUGUGUGACUCAGGCUGGAGCGGGCCCAACUGUGACAUCAACAACAACGAGUGUGAGUCCAACCCCUGCAUGAACGGGGGAACCUGCAAGGACAUGACCAGCGGAUACCACUGUACCUGCAGAGCUGGGUUUAGUGGUCCUAACUGUCAGACUAACAUCAACGAGUGUGGCUCCAACCCCUGCCUGAACCAGGGCAGCUGCAUCGACGACGUGGCCGGAUACAAGUGCAACUGUGUGCUGCCCUACACUGGUGAGACGUGCGAGACCCUGCUCGCCCCCUGCAGCCCCCGGCCCUGCAAGAACGGAGGGGUGUGCAAGGAGUCCGAGGACUACCAGAGCUUCUCAUGUGUCUGCCCCGAGGGCUGGCAAGGCCAGACCUGUGAGAUAGACAUCAACGAGUGUGUGAAGAGUCCAUGUCGCAACGGCGCCACGUGCCACAACACGGUGGGCAGCUACCAGUGCAACUGUCGCCCCGGCUACACCGGCCAGAAGUGCGAGACGGACAUAGACGACUGCAAGCCCAACCCCUGCAGUAACGGAGGCCUGUGCCGGGACGGCGUGGACAGCUUUGUGUGCACAUGCUUGCUGGGCUUCCGCGGGGGGCGCUGCGAGGAGGACAUCAACGAGUGCGAGAGCAACCCCUGCAAGAACGGGGCCAACUGCACAGACUGUGUCAACAGCUACACCUGCUCCUGCCCCCCUGGCUUCAGCGGCAUCAACUGUGAGAUCAACACCAAUGACUGCACUGAGAGUUCCUGCUUCAAUGGAGGCACCUGCAUGGAUGGGAUCAAUGCCUUCACCUGCCUGUGUCUCCCUGGCUUCACCGGCAUCUACUGCCAACAUGACAUCAACGAGUGCGACUCCAAGCCCUGCCAGAAUGGGGGCACAUGCCUGGACAGCUACGGCACCUACAUGUGCACCUGCCCUCAAGGAUACAUUGGGAUCGACUGCCAGAACCUGGUGCGUUGGUGUGACUCGUCCCCCUGUAAGAACGGGGGCUCGUGCUGGCAGCAGGGGGCGUCCUACACCUGCCAGUGUCAGACGGGCUGGACAGGACUCUACUGUGACAUCCCCAGCGUGUCCUGCGAAGUGGCAGCCAAGCGGCAAGGCGUGGAGGUGGCCCACCUGUGCAGGAACUCUGGCCAGUGCCUGGACGCGGGGAACACCCACUACUGUCGCUGCCAGGCGGGCUACACGGGCAGCUACUGUCAGGACCAGGUGGACGAGUGCUCCCCCAACCCCUGCCACAACGGUGCCACCUGCACCGACUACUUGGGGGGUUACAGCUGUGAGUGUCUCCCAGGCUACCAUGGUGUGAACUGCUCCAAGGAGAUCAACGAGUGUCUGUCCCAGCCCUGCCAGAACGGAGGCACCUGCAUCGAUCUUAUCAACACCUACAAGUGCUCCUGCCCCAGAGGGACACAAGGCGUUCACUGUGAGAUAAACCUGGAUGACUGCAACCCCUCCACGGACCCCCUGACCAAUGAGCCCAAGUGCUUCAACAAGGGCAAGUGUGUAGACCGGGUGGGGGGCUACCACUGCCAGUGUCCCGCCGGCUACGUGGGCGAGCGCUGCGAGGGCGAUGUCAACGAGUGUCUGUCCGACCCCUGCGACCCCCGAGGGUCCUACAACUGCAUCCAGCUGACCAACAGCUACCGCUGCGAGUGCCGGACAGGAUACACAGGCCAACGCUGUGACAAGGUGUUCGACGGCUGCAAGGGCCGGCCUUGCAGGAACGGUGGAACAUGCGCCGUGGCCAGCAACACGCCGCAUGGUUUCAUCUGCAAGUGUCCACCGGGCUACACCGGCUCCUCCUGCGAGUACGACUCGCGUUCCUGCGGCAGCCUGAACUGCAGGAAUGGCGGCACGUGCGUGUCGGGUCACCUGAGCCCCCGCUGCCUCUGCCCCGUCACCUUCACGGGGCCGGAGUGCCAGACCCCCACCGACAGCCCCUGCAACUCCAACCCCUGCUACAACGGCGGCACCUGCCAGGGCAUCACCGACGCCCCCUACUUCCACUGCAGCUGCCCCUCCCACUUCAAUGGCCUGCUCUGCCACAUCCUGGACUACUCCUUCCCUGGCGGCUUCGGCAGGGACAUCACCCCCCCUCCCGAGGUGGAGGUGAGCUGCGAGAUCCAGCAGUGCGACGAGUGGGCGGGCAACCACAUCUGCGACUCGCUGUGCAACAACCACGCGUGCGGCUGGGACGGCGGCGACUGCUCGCUGAACUUCGACGACCCCUGGCAGAACUGUUCGGCGGCGCUCCAGUGCUGGCGCUACUUCAACGACGGGAAGUGCGACGAGCAGUGCAACAGCCCCGGGUGUCUGUACGAUGGCUUCGACUGCCAGAGCCAAGAAGGGCAGUGCAAUCCUCUGUAUGACCAGUACUGUAAGGACCACUAUGCGGAUGGCCACUGCGACCAGGGAUGCAACAACGCCGAGUGCGAGUGGGACGGGCUGGACUGCGCCAACAACAUGCCCGAGAAGCUGGCCGACGGCCACCUGGUCCUGGUGAUCCACAUCGCCCCGGAGCAGCUGAGGAACGGCUCGUCGGCGUUCCUCCGCGAGCUCAGCAGCGUGCUCCACACCAACGUGAUCUUCCGCCGCGACGCCAACGGCGAGCCCAUGAUCUUCCCGUACUACGGCAGCGAGCAGGAGCUGGCCAAGCACAACGUCAAGCGCUCCACCGAGGGCUGGCCCGACUGGGCCGGGGUGCCGGCCAACGUCCUGGGCCAGAUGAAGGAGGGCGUGAGCUCCAUGAUCAGCCCCCGCCGACGCAGGGAACUGGACCCCAUGCAGGUCAAAGGGUCAGUGGUGUACCUGGAGAUCGAUAACCGCCAGUGCUACCAGCAGUCCCAAGAGUGCUUCCAGAGCGCCACCGAUGUGGCAGCCUUCCUCGGAGCGCUUGCCUCCAGUGGGAAUCUCAACGUCCCCUACAUCGAGGCCGUCACCAGUGUGAGACCCACCCCGCCCUCCACAGAGCUGUACCCCAUGUACGUGGUGUUCCUGGGGCUGGCCGCGCUGGGCUUUGUCUGCCUGGGCGUGCUGGUGAGCAGGAAGAGGAGGAGGGAGCACGGCCAGCUGUGGUUCCCCGAGGGCUUCAAGGUGUCGGAGCCCAGCAAGAAGAAGCGCAGGGAGCCUGUCGGGGAGGAUUCUGUGGGACUCAAGCCUCUGAAGAACUCUGACAUCAAUCUGAUGGACGAUACGCACACAGAGUGGGGGGAGGAGGAGCCAGACUCCAGGCGCUUCAGGUUUGAGGAGCAGGCCAUGCUGGACCUGGACGACCACACCGACCACAGGAAGUGGACGCAACAACAUUUGGACGCGGCCGACCUGCGCAUCCCCUCCAUCGCCCCCACGCCACCGCAGGGAGAGAUCGAGAACGACUGCAUGGACGUAAACGUCAGAGGACCCGAUGGCUUCACCCCCCUGAUGAUCGCCUCGUGCAGCGGGGGAGGCCUGGAGACGGGGAACCUGGAGGAGGAGGAGGACCCGUCUGCCGAGAUCAUCUCCGACUUCAUCUACCAGGGCGCCAACCUCCACAACCAGACGGACCGCACGGGCGAGACGGCCCUCCACCUGGCGGCGCGCUACGCCCGCUCCGACGCCGCCAAGCGCCUGCUGGAGUCCAGCGCCGACGCCAACGUCCAGGACAACAUGGGCCGGACGCCGCUGCACGCGGCCGUGGCCGCCGACGCGCAGGGCGUGUUCCAGAUUUUGAUCCGAAAUCGGGCCACCGACCUCGACGCGCGCAUGCAUGACGGCACCACCCCCCUGAUCCUGGCUGCCCGUCUGGCCGUGGAGGGCAUGGUGGAAGAGCUUAUCAACUGCCACGCUGACGCCAACGCCAUCGACGAUGCCGGUAAAUCUGCCCUUCAUUGGGCAGCAGCCGUGAACAAUGUGGAGGCUGCCAUGGUGCUGCUGAAGAACGGAGCCAACAAGGACAUGCAGAACAACAAGGAGGAGACUCCUCUGUUCCUGGCAGCCAGGGAGGGCAGCUACGAGACAGCCAAGGUCCUCCUGGAGCACUUUGCCAACCGUGAGAUCACCGACCACCUGGACCAGUUGCCCCGGGAUAUCGCCCAGGAGCGCAUGCACCACGACAUCGUCCGUCUGCUGGACGAGUACAACCUGGUGAGGAGCCCCGGGCUCCACAGCGGGCCGCUCAGCGCCAACAGCCUGUCCCCGCCGCUCUGCUCGCCCAACGGGUACCUGGGCAGCCUCAAGCCCACGCCCUCGGGGAAGAAGGUCCGCAAGCCCGGCUCCGGGGGGAAAGGAGGGAAGGAUGGAGGGAAGGAGAUGAGGGUGAAGAAGAAGAAGUCGGUGGACGGGAAGGGGAACCUGCUGGACACCUCGUCCGUCCUGUCCCCCGUCGACUCCCUGGAGUCCCCUCACGGGUACCUCUCCGAUGUGGCGUCCCCCCCGAUGACGUCCCCCUUCCACCAGUCCCCACCCAUGUCCCUCAACCACCUGCAGGGCAAUGGCGACGCCCACAUGGGUCAGAUGGGCAUGGGCAAGGGUCAGCAGGACAUGGGGCGCAUGACCUUUGACCCCAACCCUCCGCGUCUCUCCCACAUGCCCGUUUCCAGCCCCAGCAGCCAGGGCACCAUGAGUAUGGUCAUGGGCGGCGCUGGGGGCCACGGCGGCCAGUGUGAUUGGGUGUCCAGGAUGCAGCACGCUGGCAUGGCCCAGCAGGGAGGGUUCAACCAAGGCCCACCCAUGUCCCACGGAAUGAUGGGAAAUCUCCAUGGUGUUUCCACGGCGACCCUGUCCCAGAUCAUGGGCUACCAGAGCAUGCAGACCAGCCACCUGGGCUCCUCCAACCACCUGAUGCAGCAGCACCAGAACCAGAUCCACUCCCGGCAGAACAUCCAGCUCCAGCACCAGAAUUCCAACUCCACCACGGGCGGCCAGAACCUCAGCCAGAGCUUCCUGAGCAGCGAGCUGAGUGGGUCCGACGGGUCAGGUCGCUCCAUGCCCGUCCACACCAUCAUGCCCCAGGAGACCCAGAUCCUGGGAACCCAGUUCCUCACCCCUCCAUCCCAGCACAGCUACUCUGGCCCCAUGGACAACACACCUAAUCACCAGCUUCAGGUGCCCGACCACCCCUUUCUAACUCCCUCCCCCGGAUCUCCUGACCAAUGGUCCAGCUCAUCUCCACAUUCCAACAUGUCUGAUUGGUCAGAGGGCAUCUCGAGCCCACCUACGAGUAUCCACUCUCAGAUGAACCUGAUUCCAGACCAGUUCAAAUAGACAAAACUCAGCCAUAUGGAAACAAACACAUAUGAACAGAACAAUAAAAACAGCUGUUCUUCAAGACAAGAUGGACAAGAUCAAUAGACCUGACUAAAGAUUUUUCCUUUUUUAUUAUCAAUUUUUAUACUAACGACAAGAACAGGUUUUAUUAAUUUUGUAUUUAUUUAUGUACUUUUUUGACAUGGAAUAUAAAGAAGAUGCUUUUAUAUUUAUGGUUUUUUGAUUUGUUUUGGAGAGGGAACAGGGGUGAGAUUAGAGGGUAGGACAGGUGGUCGGGACUACGGUGUAUGAACCACGGAAGCUCCUGAUUGGUUAAAACACUGGCUAUUUAUUGGUGUCUUAAAUUGCUCUCUUCACUAGAUUUCCUUUUGCGCACCAUUUUUUUCACUGUUUUAAUUUGGGAGUGCAUUUGUGAUGUGAUAUUAUGUUUUGUAAAAAUAUUUGCUAUGUUUUUCCUUUGGACUUAAAUAGGAUAUUUGUCUUUUUUAAGUUUCAGUAUUAAUUAAUUAGAUUUUUAACCUUUGUCCUUUUUUCCCAAAUUGAAGCAGGUUUGUUACUGAACUACAAGUCCUUACGUCUUAACAAGCAUGAGCUGGUAGCAAUCGAACCUGUCUCUUAAACCAUGUUCUCACGAGGGUCUGUUUGUUUUGGUCUCUGUUUGUUUUGGUCUCUGUGGGGAAGAUAACCAGUCCGGCUGGAGCCACAUAGAUUUGGGACCAGGCUACCGAUUACUCAUUUAUAUUUAAAAACACACUCUAACAGAAUCUCUUAAUAUCUCCUUGGUAGACUUUCGGCUGAAAGCUUGUCCUUGUGCCUGACUGCCACAUAGGGAGCACAGUUUGAGGACCUAAAAAGGACAGGGAACCUAAUCCCAUCUCUACGCAGUGUCUUGAUUCCCUAAUAUGACUGUAGUCUUUGGGCUAGGAAGAUGUCCUAUCUAUCUUACACAUGCUUUGUCUUACAGGACUGUAUCUGUGUGUAGCUCUUGGGAAACCAACUUUUCAUGGGUGAAUGAGAUUCCCUGUUUUUGUUCUCCAAGUGGAGGACACUUUCUGUGCGUGUACAAGAAAAAUUAAGUUCUCAAAAGAAAGAAAGGAAGUUCUUCUUGUGUGUUGGACAUCAUAUCCUGCUUUCUGUCAGGAGUGCUUAAUUGGUGUCUUAUGUCAUGUUUUAUAAACUAGACCAGAAAUUGAAAAAACGAUGUUUUUAAAUAUGUAAUUCAGAGUUGAUGUACAUGCAAAGCUGUAGUUUGCGAACUAAAAGUAUUUCCUGUUCAAAUGAGUUGUACAAAAAUAUUCUCUUUGAUUCAAAUAAAGAACACUGUUAAGCUUUCA